UUUUCCUUCCAUUUUUCAAAAAGUACUCAGCUCAUAUUUCCAUUUCUUCCUCUAAUAACACCUCUUUGUGCUUCUUCCACUUUUUCUCUCCCCAAAAGCUCCUUGUCAUAAAAGCCAGAAUGGCAUACUCAAAGGUAAUCAUUGCUCUAAUGUUGGCGUUUGUUGCCGGAUCUGCUUUAGCACAAGCACCUGGAGCAUCUCCAGCAGCUUCUCCUAAGAGUUCUCCGGCACCGGUAGCAUCACCUCCUACUACUACAUCAACACCACCUGUCUCUGCUCCUACAACUGCAUCUGAUUCUCCAAUGGCAUCUCCACCAACUGUUGACACUCCAGCAUCAUCUCCUUCCGGCGGUGCUUCUCCUCCAUCUAUCUCCGCCGCUCCCGGCGGUUCUCCUACAGAAUCUCCUAACUCUGCCUCCUUCAACAGAGUCGCCGUUGCCGGAUCUGCUGUUGCAGCUGUCUUUGCUGCUGCUUUGAUGCUUUAAACUUUCUGAUAUGUGAAUAUUUGCAUUUUUCCAUUCGCCCGAGUUGAUGAGUUAGGUUUAUUUUUCACUGUUUCUUUGUUACUAAUUCUUUUGGCGGUAGUUGUGACCGCUGUUGUACUAAUAUAUUCUUAUUGUUGAAUACUAUUACGGGAUUCUUUAUUUAUUUAUGGAGAGCAUUAUACAA